GUAGACGGAGAACUAGAAUUUUUGAACGGGAAAAACAAAGACGAACAUGAUAUCGCAUUCCCUCCCCCGACACAGAACAUGAACAGCCAACGGGGCGAACAAGAUGAAGGCACGAGACUGACGUGUGCAGCGGGCUCAGCCACGGGUCGUGCAAAUUUUGCCUGUGCUGUGGAGAACUUCAAGGGUAGUUCCUCCUGCCGUCCAAACCCGGCCUUCGUCGGGAUCUACCGUGAUCGGUUGGAAAGCCUGUAUUGGGCGGUAGACAGCGGAUCAAGGACACCAAAAUCAAAAGCUGCAGUGGCAGCAUCUAUUUCCCCAGCAUCGUCUUCAAC